CAGUCAUCAGCUGUCGCGUAAGGCGUGCGGAGCUCGUCGCGAUAAAACGCACCGUCUUGCGUUUUAACCGUAACGGAUAGUUUACUGCACCGGUAAUCAUAACAGCCUUAUGUUCCGCUAUCUACUGGUAACGUAUCAAAUUGAGAAAAAUGCGAUCAGUGGCAUGAGAAUGCCACGUUAAAAAAUUUUCUCUUACGUUAAUCGUAAAGCACAGGCUAUCGUACCGGUAUCCAUAAUGAAAUUUCUCUUGAUAUUCUGGGUUCGAAUUCUAAGUCAAUUGUAAGGUAGUAUAAACUGUACAAUUUAGCUAGCCGGUAGAGUUUGAGAAUUGAUAACAACGCGUUUGAUUAAGUAAAAACGCUGAAAACGUAUUCAACAGCUCAAAAAUGUGGCAAAUGUUGUAAUACACAGCGUAAUGCUGAGACAGCGUAAUAGUUUAAGUUGUGUUAUGCUUCGUUGAAGGGGCACAUGGUGAUCGUCCUAGUAAGAACAUUGGUGUUAAUGGAUUAAGAUCUGAGAAUCAAUAUGAAAUUGGACUGUUGGAUGUUAAAAUGAUGCACCCACAAUAACGAUAUGGCAUCAUCUCUGAGUAGCAUUGGAGUACUGUGGGCAUCACUCAGUCUAGUAGCGGCUCUGCUCUGUUGCUCCGGAUUCUAUCUGCCAUUUUGGAUUCAGGGCCGACUUUUGGGUAAAGUGGACGCCUACUUCAGCUCGUUCAGACGCUGCAACUACCCCAAGGUCACUGCUCAGGGCGUCGUCGAAAUUGUCCAACAGUGCGGACGCUAUUCAAGAUUCUGGGACAUUCCUUCACCAUGGUGGCAGGCAAGCACCGUUCUUGCCGGACUUGGCAGUGCACUGAGCCUGCUGGUCGCACUCACAGCAUUGGCCGCCUGCUGUGUGUCCUAUGUCAUACAUACUGCCACUGCAAAAAUGGCCGGAACCCUGCAGUUGCUAGCUGCUGUAUUGGUGUGUGGUGGAGGAGCAGUAUACCCAGUGGGCUGGGACAACAGAGAAGUCAGAGAUUGCUGUGGCAACGCUUCACACGUCUAUCGAUUAGGCACGUGCCAACUGUCAUGGUCAGUGUACCUGUUGGGCGGGGCGGUAGUUCUGCUGGUGCUCUGCUUUGGUCUGAGCUUCUCAGCAGCUGCCCGCCAAGACAAGUCGGCCGACGCGUUCCGUUUCUGUGACCGGCCUUCUUCCUGAGAUGAGUGGGGGGGCACCCUCGAUAAAAAGGUGCCGCCAGGUGAAGCAGGGUACCUCACGCCCCCCAUCUCCUCAGUCUCAGGUGGCAAUAGCGCGGCGACACUCGACCUCAUCAACUGCUCCUGAUAGUAGCGAACACCUGGGCGCCGACUUUACUAACGGCGCCAGCGCCAACCAACUGCACAACUACACUAACGCCAAAAGCGUAGCCGAGGUGCAUGUGCAUGUCGAAAUGUCGUCAUUCCAUCCUCUACGCAAGAAGGGAAGACCUCCUGACUGCCAGGAGUCAGCAGCUACCAGGAGUCAGCUGCUACAAGAUGCAGGGUACCAGGAGUCAGUGGCUGUUAGAAGUCAGCUAACAGGAGCUGACAACCAGGAGUCAUUGGCUACAAGUGGUCAGAUACAAGGAGUUGGCUACCAAGAGGCAGUGGAUACCAGGAGUCAGCAACAACCAGGAGUUGGCUACCAGGAGAUGGUAAACAAGAGUAAUGGUAGAAUUCCUGGUGAGAUAGGAGGUAUCACUGACCAGGAUCGUUAUAGCAGUGUUAAUACUACCGUGUUGUGAACUGUAGUGCCAAAAGAGACAAAUGUAAACUACAAUAGGUGAAAAAGACAGUAAGUGUGGAUUAGUGUUGAUAAGGAAUGUGUUGAUGUUACCGCUAUCUGCUUGAGUAUUUGUUUUUCAAUAAUUUUUUGUCAUUCAAACAACUUUCUUCCAGUUUAUCUAAGUUUAAGACCUAAAAUAGUUUGAGAUAUUCUAACAGUUUUCAAAUAUAAAUUCACUGUAGAAUAAAUUUAUUUUCUCAUCACAAUAAUAUUCGUGCUUCUCCACAAUAAUUUCAUCCAUGUUGAUAUAUUUCAGAUUUUUUUAUGAAUCUACUUCAUUGGACAUCUUCUUGAAGCCAAAGUCAUCUUUUGAAUCACAAACCCCUGUAAUAGGUUAGCACUAAAUUAUCAUUGACAAGCGUAAUCGACUCAUUUUAAUUAUUGAUGGAAUUAUUCAUUUUUUGUGAAUAACUGUCAGAAUCGAUAAUCAAAUUCAAAUACGUGAAUAGUGUAAUAUUAUAGUUAUAGUAAAUCUCGAUGAUUGUAUAAUAAUAAUUUGUUGUAAAUUAGUGACUGUUACUUAUAGUAAAAUCUCGUCAAGUUCCAUGAAAGCUCAAUCACGAACUGAACAAUCUCCAAUCAACUGAAAUAAUCUCUGAUAAACUAAGUGAUCUCCGAACAUCUGUAAUAAUCUUUGAUUACAUUGGAAGAAUUUAAUAAAUUAAAUGCUUAGAGGUUUUUUGACUUUAAAAUCAAAUGUAAUGUGAACAAACUUCAAUUGAAUUAACAAGUAAGUAGUACAUGAAAACAAAUUUUGUAUGGUGAAAUCUGAGUAUAAUAAUCAUACUUAUUUCACUAAUUAUUAUAACUAUCCAAUGAGCUCAUUUAACACAAAAUAGUUGAUACGAUGUUUGCUUGUAUAUAUGUACUGAAUAGUAGUUGAAAUUGGAAAACUAAUUAUUGUAUAUUUAGCCGAUCACUACUUUUUCACCAACAAUAAUCAUUUUUCUUCGAGAGCUCUUAGACUUGUGUGAGUCACUCCAAUGACUAUGAUAAACUAUGUUUCAGGUGGAUUCCAUACCUACAAUGAGUGUAUUUCAAACUCAUCACGACCAUCUAUAUUAAUUUCUUGGAAGAAAUUACUUUAUAUAUUACUAAAAAAAUCUCAUGAGCUGAAUAAACUGUGCUAAAUGAGCCUAAAAACGUCACCUUGAAAAAUCUUGUGAUUAAUGAUUAGAAAAUUAUGUUGAUGUGAAUGGUUGUAUGUUGAAGAUUUUUAUCAGUUGACUGUGAUUGAGAUGAAUGUUAUAUGCUCAAAAUUAUACUACUAUGAAUAUUAAGGCGAUAAAAUAUUAAAAAGUUACAUUAUUAUUAUUGUCACACUGUUGAAUGUAGAUAAAUUGUACUGAUGUUGAUAUGUGGAGUGCAUUACCAUUGAUAUGAUAUAAAGAAAGGUUUAUUAUUAUUUGUUCUUGUAAAUUUGUAAAUAGGAAAAAGCUUUAAAAUAAUUUUCUUUGCAUUCUUGAGUGAAUAACAUUAUGGUUUAAGAAAUUUAUUUGGGAGGAAGAAUUACUUUUGUAGAAAUGAGGGUUGAAAAUGAGGGUGAAAAUCAUCAACUAAAUCAAUAAAUAGUAUCAUUGAGAGUGCGCAAUGGAAUGCGUUCGAUAGUUGAGUAUCAAGGUUGAAUGUUAUCACAUUGAUAGUGUUGUUGCUUAAACCCCUUCUUCAACUUUCUAAUAGGCAUUCAGUUUACUUAAUUUAAUGUCAACUUUCAGUAUAUAGAUAUUGAAAAUGACUUUAAGCACUUUUGUACUUUAGAGGUAAAAUUAUUCGAAAAUAAUUAAAAAUUAUGUUUUUUCUUUAAAAUUAAAAAUGAAAUGAUGUAGUUGAGAUACUAACAUUCUUUAUUUUCAUUUAAAAAAUAAUUAUUCUCCAAGUCUCUACCAGGAAUUAUGAUCAUCUUCAAUGCAUUUCCACAAUAAUUAAUUAUUGAUGUCAUGGAAUCUAGAAUCCUGUUCACUCAAAUUAUGUGAUUGUUGAUCUUAUUAUGUGACCUUGUUAUCUUUUCGUUAUUUUUCCAUUAUAAAUAAGUUUUAAAUACGGUAGCUCAUAUACUACGCAUGAAUUGUUUGUAAAUAUUGCUAGAGUUAUAUUCGACUCAAUCAAUGUACAGCGAGCAAAAUAUAUUGUUGUCGGUAAUAAUAAUAUAUAAAUAGAUAA